GAAAGUACAGUAAAAAGUCCAAGUGCAGCGCUCGGCAAGAUGGGAACCGGCUCCUCCAGCUACCGGCCCAAGGCCAUCUACCUGGACAUCGAUGGACGCAUUCAGAAGGUGAUCUUCAGCAAGUAUUGCAACUCCAGUGACAUCAUGGACCUGUUCUGCAUUGCCACUGGCCUGCCCCGGAACACGACCAUCUCCCUCCUGACCACAGACGACGCCAUGGUCUGCAUCGACCCCACCAUGCCCGCCAAUUCUGAACGCACUCCCUACAAAGUGAGACCCGUGGCCAUCAAGCAACUCUCUGAGAAAGAAGAAUUGAUCCAGAACAUGCUGACCCAGGUGGCAGAGCAGUUCUCAAGAGCAUUUAAAAUCAACGAGCUGAAAGCUGAAGUUGCAAAUCACUUGGCAGUGCUAGAGAAACGCGUCGAAUUGGAAGGACUAAAAGUGGUGGAGAUUGAGAAAUGCAAGAGUGACAUUAAAAAGAUGAGGGAGGAGUUGGCGGCCAGGAGCAGCAGGACCAGCUGUCCCUGUAAGUUCAGUUUUUCGGAUAACAACAAGAAGUUGACGCCUCGCCGCGACGUCCCCGCUUACCCCAAGUACCUGCUGUCGCCCGAGACCAUAGACGCCCUGCGGAAGCCCACCUUCGAUGUCUGGCUCUGGGAGCCCAACGAGAUGCUGAGCUGCCUGGAGCACAUGUACCACGACCUCGGCCUGGUCAGAGACUUCAGCAUCAACCCCAUCACCCUCAAGAGGUGGCUGCUCUGCGUGCACGACAACUACCGCAACAACCCUUUCCACAACUUCCGGCACUGCUUCUGUGUCGCCCAGAUGAUGUACAGCAUGAUCUGGCUCUGUGGGCUGCAGGAGAAGUUUUCCCAAAUGGACAUCUUGAUCCUGAUGACAGCGGCCAUCUGCCACGACUUGGAUCACCCAGGCUACAACAACACGUACCAGAUCAACGCCCGCACAGAGCUGGCGGUUCGCUACAACGACAUCUCGCCCCUGGAGAACCACCACUGUGCCGUGGCCUUCCAGAUCUUCAGCCAGCCUGAGUGUAACAUCUUCUCCAACGUGCCCCCUGAGGGCUUCAAGCAGAUCAGACAGGGCAUGAUCACGUUAAUCCUGGCCACGGACAUGGCGAGACACGCAGAAAUUAUGGAUUCCUUCAAAGAAAAAAUGGAGAAUUUUGACUACAGCAACGAAGAGCACAUGACCCUGCUGAAGAUGAUUCUGAUAAAAUGCUGCGACAUCUCUAACGAGGUCCGGCCGACAGAGGUGGCGGAACCUUGGGUGGACUGUCUAUUAGAGGAGUAUUUCAUGCAGAGCGACCGCGAGAAGUCGGAGGGCCUUCCCGUGGCCCCUUUCAUGGACCGGGACAAAGUGACCAAAGCCACGGCCCAAAUCGGGUUCAUCAAGUUUGUCUUGAUCCCAAUGUUUGAAACGGUGACGAAGCUCUUCCCCGUGGUGGAGGAGCCCAUGCUGCAGCCGCUGUGGGAGUCCCGGGCUCGCUAUGAGGAGCUGAAGCGCAUGGAUGACGCCACGCAGGAGCAGAAGGCUGAGAGUCUGACCUCUGUGGGCACCUUCUCGAGAGAGAAAACCAGAGAUGGGAAAAAAAGCGAAGCAGACCGAGCCUGAAGAAAGCAGAGAGCCGCACGGGACACUGUCCUGGACCGGGGCUGCUGCGCUUUGCGGGAUCGUCCGUGCUGAGAAAAGUGGUCCUGAGCACCUGCCACCACGAGAUCAUGUUUUCUAAGAACCAUUUUGUUCACUGAUACAAAAAAAAAGGACUUCA